CGACCGUAGAAAACAUUGCCGCAGACGCCGGGUCUGCUACUUCAGUUAAGACUGCAUCAAGAACAUCGGUUAAAGCUUGUUGGUCACGACAUCAGCGAAAUUCGUGGAACUCAAAAGAGAUCCAGGGAAGUCGUAGGUCUAAUCCAGGGGAAGUCGUUUUUUGAUUUUGUCUAAUCUAGGAGAUGAGGUUGUUGACGCUGGAGUUCCUGACGCCGAGGAAGAUGAAAAUGCUGCUGGCGAAUGGUCUACGAAUGUUGAAGACGCCCAUACUUCUGAAGUAGAAGAGGAUGCCGCUGAGGUCAAUGAUUAUGUGUUGUCGUGUCGAAGCAUUUCAUUUCUACAAGCCUAAGGCAGCUUGUUGGAGCCUUUUUGUUUUCCACGACUGCAUCUCAAUCGGUGCAGCUGAACAUUAGAGUGAAUUCUUUUUGGAUAUUAGUUUAUGUUGGUCAAUGGUCAUUACUGGCUCAAGAUCCAAUGAAUGAACCUGAUUUCAAUGCCAAAUGACUGCUCUCACUCGUCACCUUGAUCAUGAUCAAUACCGUUCCUUGUCUUGAACUCUUGUUAGUUCCUCGUAUGAUCAUCAUUUGAACUCAAUGAAUUCCAACAUGAAUUAGCAGCAAGAUCUCCCAGAUCUUCAACUGCACUAUGACCCUUCAUGAUAUCCCAAUGACAUUGAACCCAUUUUGAUACCAUUUCAGGGCCUUAAACAGUCAGUGAUCAUUCGGCACGUCCGUUCUGAUCGUCUUUCUGUUACAUUGCAACGAUAAUCAUUCCAUUUACUCUCAAGAGCCUCAUAUUGCGCUUGGACGUGUUCGGGUGUUCCAACACUGUUUCAAGCCCUUGAGCCUUACCUUAUUAAAGAAAUUGCUAGUCAAUACUUUGUAGAAGUAGAGAAAACAAAGUCGCAUUAUUUGCGCCACAAAAUGCCCGAUAUGAGUCUUGGAGAGAUUUCACCCAAACUGGGACAGAAAUCUGACUGGCGUGACUGGCUUCGAGCGGUAACGCAAGAAGCGGACCGCCUGGACCUAGUCCAAUACUUCAACAACGUGCUGAACGGCAAUGCGGCAGGGAUUCCGAACCAACCCAACAACAACGACCGCAAGCUCCAGCAGAAUUGGCGAGAUUUGAAGAACGUGAUCAUCAAGUCGCUCAAAGGUGCAGCCGCAGCACAUAUGAAGGAUCAGGAUACCACUGUAAUGAACGCUGGUGAAGUGGUAACAAACCUCCGUGACGCUGGUUUCAGUCAAAAUGACCGCACAGAGCAGCGAAUCUCUGCUAAAGCGUUGGAAGGGAUGCAUUUCACGAACAGUGAUUCUCCUCCAGACGUUCCAACAUUCUUGGCGAAGGUUAGAGAUGUCAUGAACCAAUCUCCGACCGUAUACCCGCCGGAAGUUGGUGUGGCUGUUGCUGAUCAACAAAACGGAGCAAUCCUCGACAUUCUGCCAAAAAUGUUUUCCAAAGCAUUUCGACAGACAAUCGAGAGGAUGCAAGAAGAUGAACAUCUAACGUUCGUCCAAAUCGGUGACAGACUCACGAAACGGCUUCAAAGUUUGAUUGACUCUGGUGAGUACAAGAUCGAGAAUCCAUCUUUCGGCAAAGCUUUUCCAGCUGUCGAAGAUUCCGAUGAUGAAAACCAGAACAAUAACAAAACCAAGAAGCGUAAACGUCAAGAUGAGAGUGAUGACGAUGGUAACGCGUUUGCCGCUCUCAAGAAAACAACGAUCAAACGACUUCGCAAGAAGAUUCGCAAAGAAAUCAAGAACGAGGUCUACGCAACAAAAGGAAGUGGAAAGAGUAGUAGUAGUAGUUCUAGUAGUAAGAAGAACAAAGGAAAUGGCAAAGGUAAAGGUGCUAAGAACUCAAAUCCUAAUGAGGGCAUCCAGUGCAACUAUUGUCACAAAUAUGGACAUAAGGCGCACAAAUGCUGGCUAAACCCGAUGAGUCAAAGCUACCAACCUAACAAAGCCAUGGGCAGCAACUUCUUCAACAAUUCAUACAACUGUUGGCCGCAAGGUAACACUAUCCCUCCGUGGCACCAGAACAACUAUCCACCGCAACAAAGUGGAGGAAAAGGAUUCGACAACGGUAACCCACAGCAGCAAUGGGGUGGACAACAACCACAACGCUGAGUCGAAACCAAUCCGGAAUGGAAUGGAUAUGGGAGACGAGAUGGACAGUCCCAAGAUGAAGAAGAAUUGGAAGAAGAUUUCCAAAAUGAGGAUGGAAAAUGUUCGCUGAACUUGGAAGAAAACUUUGAGAAUAAAGAAUAUAGAAGUGAACUGCUUAGGGAUGAAAGCUAUAUGAUUGACAAUCACUCAGGUUGCUAUCUUAGUGCAAAUCAAAGCAAAACAGUUUCACUUGUUGACAGUUGUGCAAAUAAGUAUUUGUCUAGCCAUCGUUCCGAUUUCAAGAAAAUUAGCCACCGGCUUUGUCAUAUUAGUGGCACUGCUGGAAAGCGAAGUGGGAACCUAGGUAGACUAAAAGAAAACAAACUAGGAUUAAAAUAUGGCGUACACUUUGAACACUUACCAAAAGCCAUAGAUCGCAUUAUACCGUGGUUAGGUGAAGGAAACUGUCAUGAAAAGGGUUGGCAAAUGAAUUUCACAGAAAGUGGCGGAACGUUGUACAAUACUCGCUCCGGCCGCUCUCUACCCAUAACAAAUUGCCCCCAGAUGCAGUUACCUAUUCUAGGCUGUGACAUGUUUAGCAAAGAAGAAAAUGAAACUGAGGAGGAUAUAGUAUGCACUAGUAUAGAAGAAGCUAGACUUCAUUCACAAGCUUCAAGAUUAGACAUACAUCGUAGACUUGGUCACUUUCACGUUGAUGGCCUUAGUGUAUCUUGUCCAGAAUGUGAUCGAACCAAAGGUCAAAGACGCUCUCAUGCAAAAGUGAGACCCCCUGGACAUAUACCUUCUCCAUUGAAAACACUUGCAAUUGAUUUCGCAGUUGGUAUUAGACCAGUAUCUAUAAGAAGCAAAAGAUGUGCUUUAGUCAUUAUUUGUGAUUCGAUUAAAAUGUGUUUCGUUCGUCCUCUUUGCCUCAAGUCGGACUGCGUAGAGGUGAUUGAAGAAGUAAUAAAAGGCAUUCGCCAGGACUACUCAUUGUCACUCGACGACAAGGUGGUGUGGUUCAUCCGUAGAGAUAACGAACCCGUCCUAAGUAGUGACCAUAUGACCAAAGUCAUGCAAUCGCUACUGGUUUCGGAAAUUCCUGGAGUUCCUUACAACCCAGAAAUGAACGGAACUUGCGAACGUUUCAUGCGGACCAUUUUCGGUGCUGUACGUACCAUGUUGGUCAAAGUCGACCGACGUCUUUGGUGUUACUGCUUACAGUAUGCCGGAGAUUGUUGGAAUCGCUUACCGCAUCGUUAUGCAAAAAUGCCAGAACGUGAUGGAAUGAGUCCUGUCGAGAUACUAGAAAAGAGGAUAGGAAAGAAGUCCUCGAAAAGUGGUCUAGGUAUGUUAAGAAGAUUUGGUUGCUUGGUGUACUUUCGUGAACAGGUCGUAGACACCACCAACAAGAAAGAAGCAAAGCUUGCGUCACCUUAUCGGCGUGGUGUGUUUCUCGGUCUGUGUCCAGUUUCGUCUGGUUGGCUAGUAGGUACAUAUCACAACGAUGGGAGAACGAAAGCUGGCUUCAAGUGGAGUGAGUAUUCCACACUAGACGUAAAAUUUCGAGAGUCGAUAUUAGUCAAGAACAUUGAUUGGCUAUUGCCUACGUCGAAGGGCAUUUAUGUUGAUUAUGACCCGCUGGAAAACCUGCAGUCUGGCACGCCGUCGCUGGGUCCCGUCCUGCACAGACAUGCGCUGCAACGUAUGGCCUGUCAGCCGCGCUUCUCUGGCACGGAGUACAGCUCAGGCGAUCCAACCGGCAUGGAAAUGAUACUAGAUAACAAUGACAUUGGUGAGUUUUUCUGUGAAUCUUUGGACAAAGAGGAAGAUCCAAAGACCGGUGAUGAUUCCAACUCUGACGCGCAACGCGUUGAGGAGGGGAAUAUCUCAUCGGAGCGUGUGUCGCCUGACUCUAAUCCUGAAGCAAGGGAUCCGAGGACCUUACCCAUUCCACCAUCUCAACCAGGCAAAGUUGAGGAGGGGAAGAAAGGCCGAGGAAGACCUAAAGGGAGCAAGGAUAAGAAUCCAGGACAACGCAAAAGAAGAACAAAAGCCGAGCUAGAAGCAUUAAGAAAAGACAUGCAUAAAUUUGCCAUGCUAGCAGGCGGGCAUGAGCUGGAAGAAGGGGAGACCUUUCUCGAAGCACAUGUCAUGCUGUCAGUUUCCCAAGCCUUGAAAAGCCCUGACGCCGAGAAAUGGCGUGCAGCUAUCACCAAGGAGGAAGCUAGACUACUUGCCUUUGAGACUUGGGCGCCAGCUACUGACGAGGAGCUGCGAACCUCUUCUCAGGUAAUGCCUAUAGCAAUCGUUCUCACGGUAAAACGUGAUGGAACUUUCAAAGCUCGUGCUUGUGUGCUCGGGAAUCUUGAUCGUUCGGGGAAUAUCGACACCUACGCCCCUGUAGUGUCACAUGCUGCGAAUAGACUUUUACUCGUUUCAGCAGCGACGGACUCUGACUUCGUCAUCCCAUUCGACCUUGAUUCUGCGUUCCUUAAUGCUGAACUCGAUCGUGACGUCUUCUGCCGUCUUCCACCAGUGUGGGCGGAGAAGCAUGGAGCGGAUAUCGUCAAGCUUAAGAAAGCUCUCUAUGGGCUCAAGGACGCUCCACGAGCCUGGUUCAAGAAGUAUUGCGUGCUAUUGUCCGAACUCGGAUGGGAGCCGUGUCCUUCUGCUCCAGGAUUGUGGCGGAAAAAGAGCAAAACGCACCCAGGAAAGUAUAUGAAGAUGUCAGUCUAUGUUGAUGAUAACUUAGCUACUGGACCUGACUAUCACGAGUUACGGUCUGAGCUCGACCGGAUCUUUAGUCGCGCCCCUGGCCGACCUAUUGAGAUGGCAAAGCGAGUCGAUUCUCUUACGGGUUUCGAAUGGCUAGAGUUCGACUUUCUUGGUGCGAUUGUGCACUAUUGUCGGGAAGCACGUUCAGUGAAAAUCCUGAUGAAUGUGUACAUAGAGAAGACUAUACAGAAGUAUAAAAUAACAUUAGGUAAGCCGGUGUGGUCUCCAAAUUUCGACGAGUCUGCUUUGCUUGAGGAGGGGCUUAAGCUAGCAGCCGGGUUUCCAUUGCGUGAGAUUGUUGGCGCACUGCUUUGGAUAUCGACAACCGCAAGGCCAGAUAUUUGCGUCCCUGUGGCGACAUUGGCUCGGUAUGUCAGUAAGCCCGUUACAGAAAGAAUUGCAAAAGCCUGUAGAAAAGUAUUAAAGUAUCUAGCUACGACAAAAGACCAAGGACUCUAUUAUUCUCCAGAAAGUGAGGAAGAAUUCAACGGAAUUUACAAGAAGCUCCUACCAGAAGGAAGAGAGCUACCGUAUACUAACUGGUUCUCAGAUGCAGGAUUCGCAAACUGCAUAAAGAGCAUGCGCUCGACCAGUGGUUCGAUUAUGUACUAUCGGGGCUUUCCAAUCUGUUGGAAACGCAAUACACAAACCGUGCGUGCAUAUUCAACUGCAGAGUCAGAGUAUAUAGCCGCGUCGGACACUAUUGUCAUGAGCGAGCUGCAUGAUUUUACAGAUUUCUUCAAUCCCUUACCCACUCAAUUAGUGGAAACGCGGUUUGGUAUAUCGCCAUCCCUCGAUGAUGCCAUAUUGUGGAUAGACAACCAGUCUGCAAUCUCGACAGCAAAGAGUGAAGACACGAAGCCUAAGAGUAGACACUAUGCGUUACGUUAUUUACGAGUUAGAGACGCAGCUGAGAAAGUAGUUUUCUGUCCUACUCACCUCAUGAAAGCUGAUGGACUAACGAAACUUUCAUGCUCAUCUACUCAACGCAGAUUAUUAUUACAUCACAUAGAGAAUCCAGUCAUUAGCCGUAACCAUGAUGAAGAUGAUAGUGACUCGGAAACGGAAGAUGAUGAGUCUGGUUCAAGUUCUGCUUCCGUGGCGGUGCUUACCUAUUCUAUCUUCUUAGGGUGUUAGGUCGUUGGUCAAGUGGUGACGUCAGUGGAUAUAGAGAAUCGUGAUGGUUCUGGGUCAGAGCAGGUAACACCAGACCGUUUGUGACUUUCGUCAUUUCCUCACCUAGCGAUUGAGGAGGGGUGUUGGUCAAUGGUCAUUACUGGCUCAAGAUCCAAUGAAUGAACCUGAUUUCAAUGCCAAAUGACUGCUCUCACUCGUCACCUUGAUCAUGAUCAAUACCGUUCCUUGUCUUGAACUCUUGUUAGUUCCUCGUAUGAUCAUCAUUUGAACUCAAUGAAUUCCAACAUGAAUUAGCAGCAAGAUCUCCCAGAUCUUCAACUGCACUAUGACCCUUCAUGAUAUCCCAAUGACAUUGAACCCAUUUUGAUACCAUUUCAGGGCCUUAAACAGUCAGUGAUCAAUCGGCAAGUCCGUUCUGAUCGUCUUUCUGUUUCAUUGCAACGAUAAUCAUUCCAUUUGCUCUCAAGAGCCUCAUAGUGCGCUUGGACGUGUUCGGGUGUUCCAACAGUUUACAAGUCAGUGCUUUAGAGUGAAUUUUUGCUGCAUCAACCUACUUUAAGAUAAGGAGGAGGAAGAGUGGAUCCUUUGUUACGUCUGGGAGACGGUCGGAAAAUGCGCAAACAGAAUCUCGGAAAGAAUACUGUCAAAUUCUGAGCAGUUGCGUAACGACAUUUUGCCGGAAAUCUCUUGUAAGGCUGCAAUUUCACGAUGUAUCUCAAAGACAAGACUAGUGUCGUAAGGAGCGGGAUGAUCAUUAACUAGUGCCUAGGUCUAAGUCUGCCCUAGUUAAGGCUGCAGAGGCAGAGCUCAAGCAACAAGCUGAGCUGCGUGCGGCACUCUCUGCAAAGCGUGAGGAGUGGCAGGAGUGGGAGCGCUGCGUCGAUUCAGUAGAAAAGUUAAGACUUCUUUUAUUUGAUAGAAUGACAGCAGCAGGGAGAGAAGAUGAAACAGAAAGUGAAGUUGUACACAAAAUUCUGUAUAUAAGAUCAUCGAGAGAUGAGGUCAGGUGUACAACUAGAAUAAGCGCAACUUUUGUCAACAUCUACUAAUCUCUCGUUUGCAAGGGGAAGGUGAAGAUGAUGGAUAUCCACAUCAAGGACAAGCUGUUGGACAGCCUAUAGGCUUUGUGGUCUCGUCUACUAGGAAGCAAAGAACGCGAGGCAAGACAGACUCGUCCGCGUCUGAUUUAGAUGGCCCGAACACAAGUAAAGGAGGAGCAAUAGAAGUCUUCGAUGUCGAUAACUACAACUUCAAGGUAAGGCGACAAGAGAUCCGUCUUCGCAGGGCAUCUUGUUUCCGUUUUUAAAGGGAAAAUGGGGCCCAAGAUGUUGCUGGAGAUGGGCCCUUUUUAGUUUUAAUGAAGCCGCAGAGACCAAAGGCAAUACGGGAUCGAUUUCUGCGGUCUCUUAACGACGAAACUGAAUAUAAUUUCCUCAAAGGUUUGUGGAUGGCUUUUCGAAGCACACAGGAUCAAUCUCUCUACUUUCAUGAUCUGAAUGUUCCACAUGAGAAUUUCCGACCGCUGGUUGGCCACGCGCUAGGGGGAAACUCGUCAGAGAGGCACUAUAAUUAAGGCUUACUAGACCGUGACUCAUUUUCGGAAUGAGGGAGCAUCUCUGACGCCUUGAUUUUUAAUUGAAAAGCGACCGAUAACAACAGAGACAACAGCGAGCACGCAUGCUCUGGCUCUGCAAGGUGAAUAUGGGAACUGCUAAGUGUGCAGGCAAACGCCUAAACCACUAAGCCAACUGAUAGAUCGCAGCGUCGCUUCCGUCUAUAUUGAAAGCCCCGCGCCUUGGCAAAACUCCUAUAUUAGUACUCUUCUUGAUGUGGCCGUCUCUCAUUUUAAAAAUCUAUGUCGCGCCUAGCAGUUGGCCUAGUGGUUUAGGCGUUGACCUGUAGUACCGGGGUGGGCAGUUGGCUUACUGGUUCAGGCGUUGACCUGUACCCUUAUCAGGAACCGAGUCUCCAUCGUCUAAUACAACUACGACGGCUCAGAGAAGUAUGACCCAGCAUCACAUCGAGAGGAUGUCCUGAGACACGAAGGGGCGCCUCUGGAAGACCGAGUGCGCUACGCGGUGGUGGCGGAGCGAGCCGCGAAAGACACUGCAGUUAAGGCCGCGUGAGAAAAUCCAUCUUUCCUAGCAUUUUGAUGACCUCACUUCGAAGGCGGGAAAUAUAGGGAUAGCACCAAGAAGAUGCUGCUCGGCAGCGUCUUUUUGAAAGGAACUACUCUAUAUACUAUUUAUAAGGUCGUUAAUACAGUACCAAGAAGAUGCUGAUCGAGAUGGAUUUUUUCGUCAAGGUUCGUUACCUCCUAAUGCAGAAUGGCUUUACGAGUAUCAAGCAGCUCGUAUGAGGCAUCUACCGCUGCCUGAGCAAUGUCCAAUAAUCCGCGUGCGAGCGGACCCUACACGAGAGGGGAGUCGGUCUCGGGACGUGGAAGUUCCCCUUGUUUACCCAAAUGUGAACAAGCUGUUGUUUUUAUGGCAGGAGGUUGGUACCGUCCGAGCACUGCAGGAGGUACCGUUGUAAGGAGGAUGUAGUUGUCCUCGUUCAGGAUGUCGACAUGCUCCUUCCGACCUCUUGGGUCUUUUUUUUCUACUUGAAAAGGAUGCUCUACUAGUAAGGAGGAUGCUCUGAGGGAGAGAGGACGCGGCUGGGUGGCUCUAACAUUGGCAUCUACUACAACAACGGAGGAAAACCCUGCUCGUCGAGGUAAAAACGUCAAGCCCUCUUUGUCAGCGCAAGUCUCGCAAAGAGAGCAGCGAAAGAAGCGUCUUUUUCAGGUAGGGUGGAGCGAUGUCGAGGAAUAUCUGCAUGAGGUAGAGCAUGCAGAGAAGGAUCCAAGGUGGAAAAGAGCCGAAGAAGCGAAAAAAGCAGAGGCGGCCUUAUGAUGCUGGCAUCAGUUUUUUAGAAACUUAAUUAUCCUGGAAGAUCUUGCUAGCAAGAGAAACUACGAAAAGAAAAUCUUGGAUCUUGCUAGCAAGAGAUGAAACAAAGAGAAAGCUGCCGAAGAAGCGGCUUUAGGAUGCUGAUAUUUAUGUUGUUGGUGGAAAUGAAAGUCAGUUUUCCACCAACAGAGUAACUACAACAAUAUCCUUGGAGUUGUACCGAGGAUGGGUAAGAGACUCUCAGUUGCAAGGUAGAUCUUGCAUAUUAGCUUGCUGACUCGUGCCUUUUCAUUUGCUGCCGGUGCAGCUGGUGCAGCUGCAGCUGAGAGAGAGGCUCAGAAAGACUCUUCUGCAGAAGUAGCCGCACAAAAGGGGACGACGAAGCGAGUAACGAUUGUGGAAGGCCCUACGAAAAAAGGAGAAGGAAACGAGGAUCCUACGAAAAAAGUACAAGAAAAAGAAGUAUCGAGUAGAAGUACAUCAUCAACCGCUUCUGCUCCUCCUCAAAAGAAAAAAAUUGCCGCAAUCACGUUCGAGUAUCAGGGUCGACCCGAAGGCUUCCUGAAUGUCGUGCCAGAAAAAGAGAAGGUUGAGGACGAACUCGAUCUUUCACUACUGCAACGAACAGGAGAUGAUUAAGGCUACUCGUUGAAGCAUUUCAUAUUCAUUUCUACGCGCUCUUCUCCCGUAGCGUCGCUAUCUAAGGAUGAAAUGUCUCCACCUUUAAGGACGAGAGGAAGACUUAGCAAGAAUAGGUGUGGUCGUGGGAACCUCUGUAGUUGAUGUUGGGGAUCCAGCAUCAAGUGCAGCAACAUCUGAUGACGAGGAAAAUUCGAGUCAUAGUGGAACGAACAAAGACGAAGGAACUACUCUGUUGCCCACGUCUGGAGUUCCGAACGUCUUCAUUACGCAAGGGGGCGCUGGAGGUGGAGGCGCCUUCGCAACAUCGUCACCUCAGCAGAACUUGUUGGAGCAGCAGCAUUCUACAAUAAAUAUUCAGACGGACGAAGGGCAACUUGUUCAUCUUUGUUCUGACGAGAGACAGCACGACCAGACGAAGCCAGAAGUAGUUUUUCCUCCAGUGAGCAAGCGUAAUUUAUUCUCGGUAGAUCCGGUGACGGGUUCUUUGCGAGCAGGACUAGACCGGCUAGCGGAAGAGCGCAUGUUCUACGGGCCGACUUUGAUACAGCAACAACACAUUUCCUUGCCUGGAGUGAAGUCAUUGUUCGAGUUACAAGAGAGCAAUAAGAAACCUGUAUGAGGCCACUCAUUGAGAGCGAAGAUAUAGGACGAAUGUCGUUCGUAAGUAAGAAGGUAAAGGGGGAACGACAUCCCCUCGUCGACAUUCUCGAUGGGUGGAAGCAUUCAAAACCACCGAGUGCGCUUCUCGCGAAGUCGGGGCAUCAGAAAAACGCCGAAGUAGAAUUAGCAGACGGACGUGGCAUUGAGGCUAAGGACCCUGACCACGAGGGGUCGAACAACGACAGCAGCGAAGACGAAGGACGACAAAAUUAUGGUUACAACUGCUUUUAUGCUUCUUCUUAAGAUCUUCAAGGAUAUCUCGGUAAGCAGAGUACUCUUCACCUCACUUUUUAGACAACAUUCUUCUACUUCUUCUCGUCAUGAUUCUUAUCUUCAUUUCACCAUUCAACUCCAAACCCUGCUCGUGAUGAAUUCAUGCAUGAUGUUGAUACUCGAUCGUGCUAAUAAAGAAAAUACCAUGCGAGGUCAGGAACAGGAAGGGAGAGCAACAUUUCUCAGCCAGGACUCUUGCUGUCACGAGAGACCGUGGUGGUAGCUGCGCCAUUAGGUGUGAGGUAUGUCCGACAGGCAGACCCUGUUAGUAGCAACCAGCUGGAAGGAGCUGACUUACCAUUAUUGUGCGAGGAGCCACCAGAUCUGCAGCAUGAUUUAACCAAGGACGUGGAUGAUGAUGAAGCUGGAGCUGGUGCAGGUUCUUUUGACGUACGGACACGACAACAUCAAGUAGACCACUCGCCUUCUGGUACUACAGCUGCGUUUCUUAACACUGGUAUGGUUAAGGCUACCGCUCCUGAAGCACCCCCCGCACCAUCCUUGGCUUGUUUUUCGACGGGAAAAGGGGCUCAGGGAUGGGCUCAAGGAUGCGGCGUGCUAGCUCUAAUAUGGAAACAGGAGCGGGUGAAACCGCUGAGAAUCGACUGCGUACGCAGAUGGUUGCCGAUAGAGCCAAGCGUUUAGCUUUUCGCCUGACAGCAGAGUCCUUGCGCCGAAACUCACCAGAGAGACGAAACAGUCGAUCUUUGCAGAGGCAAUUAAGGCCAUAGAUGAUUCAUCUUUCAGUGCUGCAUCCUUGCUCCUGCUUGUUGAGAACAAGUACCUACUUCUUCUACUCGAAUAGAUACUACAAAGAUCAAGAUGUUGCAAAUAAAAUCCUUGUAUCCUAUCAUGUACAAAGAUGCAUCUAAAAUAAGAAGAUAAGUCUUAACCAAGGAGUAGAGCUCCUCCCCUAAGGCAACGUGAUAACAGCGUCGUUCACGCUGAUGGGUCUACAUUCUUCUACGAGCACGAACGUGACUUGGUAACUGGCGAGCUCCCAAGGAUCCAUAGGCGCUCCAAGGAUAGAGCUGGAGUUUUGCUCGCGCGCGCAGAAGAGAUCUUGCGUCGCAAUAAAGAGGAAAGUUAAGCUUCCCCUUAUCCAUUUCUAUAGUAUACAUAGGGAUGGAUCGAUCCCUCAGCCGUAAGCAUCCACACCAAUAGUACAACAAGAGCGACACUGAGGCAUGCGCGUGCGAGAUCUCCACCGGGAUGAAUUAGGGAGAGGUCUAAGGAAAACGACAAGCUGAGAAUCAGCAAGCAGUGGCUCAACGAAAACGAAGGACCUUCGGUCGUGCUGGCAUGUCUAGAAAUGGUGGACUUGCCGCAGCAUUAGCAGAGGAACAGGAAGAAGAAGAUGAUGAGGAGGCAGGUGGCGAAGUGAAAACAUCCGAUCUAAAGCCUAGGGGCUUCGGACAAAAAGUUAAGGUCAACAUUUAGUGUCCAUCUUUCACUUUCUCCGCAUCUCGUUGCCCCUUCUAGUAUCCCUUGUAUUUCAUGGCAAAGGGGUCGAGAUGAGCAGGGGACCGAGAUGCAAAAAAGCCGACUCUAAAAAAGGAAAGGGCAAAAAGCCCAAUCUGCAGAUGAAUAAGUCUCCUUUUCAUCAAGGUCCUUCCACACCUUCAACAACAUCAUCUUCUAGCGAAGAUGCUGGCAGUGGCAGUGGUGACGAAAAGUCUGUGGUUGCACUGCUACAAGAAGAAGAAGAUAACGACUAUGAGCACUUUCUUCGUCUCGAGAACGGAAGAAAAAAGAGAACGAAAAAACAAAGGAAACGUCACUUAUUCUUUCGCUUGUAUGAAAAAUUUUUGCUGCAUGAGCAGCUGCCGCAUUGGAAGGAAAGACGGGAGCUCUACUUGCUCGAAGACCUCCUUGAUUCUCAUCGGACAGAUGGGAUCCAAACCGUUCUCGCUGAACGUUAAGACUUGUAGUUUAUUACUUUAUACCGGAUCAUUCUAGUACUAGAAGUGCAACUACAUCCUCUCUUGAGGCUGCUUCUGCUCUCAAGAGGUUAAAGUGUGUCUUUGAAGACGUGCUAUGAAGGGGAGAAAACUGUACAAAGAUGAAUGCGCACCUUAUUUACUAGCAAAAAAAUGAUGAUGUGAAUGUGAUCUCUCUAAGAACGAAGGCAUCUAGAAAAAAGUAUGGAGGAAGAUUUGAGCAAGCUUGUGCACAACGAGUCCGAGUGGAAGGAAGUAGGCCGUCGGUGCUGGAGGAUCUGUUGGGCACCAGAGUUAAGGCUACAGGAAAUCCCUCUUCGCACGGGCACGCAUCUUGGUCCCGUUUUUUAGUGGAAAAGGGAACCCAGGAUGCUGCUGAAGAUGGAUUUCUCUCAGUUCUAACAGAGAGCGGAGCCACAGCACAAGAUGGCGGAGCCUUGUCUAGGGAAGAUCGAAUCCGGGAUCGACGAAGAAAACGGCAAACACUUGGACGCCUUAAUUAUGGCUUGUUGUACUACGUCCAUGUAGUCGAAGUACUAUGCCAAUCCCAAUGUCGAAUGAUGUGUACUAUGCCAAUGCCAAUGUCUACUAGAUCAUAUGUCGAAGUCGAAAAGGAUAUGUACUAUGUCAUCUUCAAUGUUUAGAGACUAUAACUACACAGAACUUCAUGCUCAUGAUGUGUAUCUAUGAGCAUAAUUUGUCUCUAAUUCCAAGAAGUAGUUUGAUGUUUCGAACUUCAGUUUUCAACUUGAUAUCCAAGAAAUUUCAGUUUUAUUCCAUUUUGGUUGAAUUCAUUUCCUGACGACGCCAAAAGAAUUGGUAUCCUUCACACCUCAAACGGUGGCUAAGUCAACUACUAAACACUAUCAAGAUAUGAACUCUACCAGUCUCUCCCUUCUGCUAACUUCUACGACUACAAUUUCACGAAGUUCUACCAACUUCUACAUUCUAAAAAAGUACACUAGCCUAAUACUUCUAUUAGCUUUUAACCUUUACUGACAGCCACAAGCAAAUAACAGCUGUUGUCUACUUCGCUUUGAACUCGAAGUCGUAUUUGAUGGCUUUUCUUUCUCAAGCCUACUACUCUGUAUGGUUCUGGUAUUUGGUAACCUGAAUUUGAUCCGAAGGGUUCUCUUCUUGUUUUCCCUUAGGAUCAAACUCAGGUUACCAAAUACCAGAACCAUUCAUACUCACAGUGGCUUCCCCCCUUCACAGCUGCUUCCUUGUUUUCCCUCUAGUUCUAACUCACAGUCGUAUUCGAUGGUUGGUACAUGGCUGUUCAGACCAUGAUGUUGGAGCAGGCCAAGCCAAAGCCUUGGAGUUUAGUGAGAGGUAUGGUUAGAUUUUAGCCAUCUUUUUCGGCAACAUCUUGAUCCCCUUUUGCCUUGUAUUAUUCCUAUGAAUUACUACAACAAGGGUCUGUCUUAUUUUUCGGCAACAUCUUGAUCCCCUUUUGGUCUGUAUGAUUUUUCUUGCGAAUUAUUACAACAAGGAGCGUUGUAAGAAAGGGGUCAAGAUGAGGGAACCAGGAUGGAUUCAAGCUGAUUCUAAGAAAGAUUUCGAGGACGGUCGCGUCGAGUACCUUUGCUUGGGGGGUAUCGAGCGUGUCAGCAUUUUUGGAGACGCCGCUGCGACUCUUGUAUACGAUGGCAAGAUGAAAGUAGCAGAGCACGACGGAUUCUCACCUACAACAAAUGCAAAUGGUACGAAGGCAGGACGAGAAGAAGCGGCUUUAAGGAGCGGAGGAGGGGACACUCGUCGAGGACCGAGGACGACGAGGCCAAGAGAGACUGGUUGUAAGGCCUCCGCAAGAAAAAGGAGCGCGCAGAGUCCAAAAAAGAUGCCUGGAGGAAAUUUGACUACUGCACGCCCUGACACUAAACGAGCAUAUUACGACCAGCAGGAAGAAAAUGGUGCUGGAAGUGGUAGUGGCUUAGCUAUUAAACAAGCCCGCCUUCCUGUUGUCCCUCCAGAGGUGCUGAAUAUUGCAGAAGAGACUUCACCCAUGAAGCAAGUAGAGGUGAACUUCGGCAAUAAGAGCAAUAUUAAACCUACAACUCGUAUAAGUGACUCCACCAAAGAACAUCAUCCAGAACAAGACCCAACAUCCACCGGUCGUGGAGUCGACACUAGGAGAGGCACUGGAGGAAACGUCGAGGUACCCCCAAAGCUGAAACGAAAUCCGCUUGCGGCAUCAAGCAAGCCACAGCAGACACGUCGGAAAAAACCAGUCGUAGUCCUUGGGGGACAGUAGGAUGUGCAUGAGGAUCAGGUGGUAUCACUUGUUUUAAAUAUUCAAAAGGAAGCAGGCCAGAAAUAUAGUAGGACCCCGAUCGUUUCAAUCAGUCUACUUACUUGUCUUAGCAUCUGUGCUAGACCAUGCUAGUUUCGUUAGAUGUGCCUAAGCAGACACUGUGCCUCCUUUUGGUUAAUACCACAGUCAUGUUAUAACUACUUUGCGUUACCAGCACUACCACAAUAAUUGGUGGAAUCAUCUUUCGUUAUAAUAGCGCAGUCGACUGGGACUGGAAUCGGUAGCACGGUUACUUUGAGUCUUUCGUUAGCACAGUUGUGAACUUUUUUGUUAGCACCCAUUACAACAUCCAGUUGUAAACUUUCGUUCGCACAUUCAGUUGAUGUAAAGGUAAACUUUCGUUAGCACAUCCAGUUUCAAAUUUUUUCGUUAGCAUUAGCACAUCCAGUUGUGAACUUUUUCGUUAGCAAAUUUAGUUGAUGUAAAGGUAAACUUCCGUUAGCACAGUUGUACACUUUCGUUGGCACAAGAGGUUUCGUUUUUAGACAUUCACUCCUUGCACAGUGAAAAAUUCAUUUUCUUGUUUGUAUGUUGCUUCUCUAUUGCGAGAAUAAGAAUGGAUAAAGUUUCUCUGACAGGUUAUUUGAUGAUGUACAUGUAAGUACGUACUUUUGCUUUUGCAGUUUCUAUUGGGUCUAUCACAGACAUCUUCAUUCGGCAAAU